AUGAGUCAGCAAAGACAAAGUGGCUGCUGUGGAUCCAACCGAUCACCUCGUUGCGGCCGUCGUGGCAGCGGCAGUGGCAGUUCAUGCUGUGGAGGCUCUUCUGGUGGAGGUUCAUCUUGUGGCCGUCGUGGCAGCGGUAGUUCAGGCUGUGGAGGCUCUUCUGUUGGAAUCGCCCAAGUCUCCGGAGGCUCAUCUUGUGGCCGUCGUGGCAGCGGCAGUUCAUGCUGUGGAGGCUCUUCUGUUGGAAUUGCCCAAGUCUCCGGAGGUUAUGGAGGAUCUUGCUGCUCUAGUGGAGGUGGAUCAGGACAAGGUGUCGUCAUUGUCUCAGGAGGCCAAGGGUCUUCUUGCUGUGGCAGCAGUGGAGGGAUCCAACAAAUCCGAGGCUCUGGCUGCUGCAGCGGUGGAAGCUCCGGUGGAGCCGUCAUUAUACCAGCAGGUGUUGGCGGCCAGUCUUCUGGAUGCUGUGUCGGAGGGGGAUACGGCAGUGGGAUGGGCCAGCAAAAGAUUCCAGUGAUUGAUAGUGGCUUUGGAUCUGGAGGCAUUGGCUGUGGAGGAGGUAGUGGAGGUGGAUUAGGUGGACAAUCCAUCAUUGUACCUGUACCUGGGAGUGGUGGCAGUGGGGGAUGUUAUGGUGGUGGACAGCAGGUUAUUGGAAGUGGAAUUAGCAGCGCAUCUGGCUGUUGCAGUGGAGAUGCUGGUGUUGGUGGUGUCAAGGUUAUUGGUGGUGGAUCUGGUAGAGUCUCCCCAGUUUGUGGAGGUGGUGUAUCAGGUGGAGGUGUGAAGGUUAUUGGGGGAUCUGGUAGAGUCUCCCCCGUUUGUGGAGGUGGUGUGUCAGGUGGAGGUGUGAAGGUUAUUGGUGGAGGAUCUGGUAGAGUCUCCCCUGUUUAUGGAGGUGGUGCAUCAUGUGGAGGUGUCAAAGUUAUUGGUGGGGGAUCUGGUAGAGUCUCCCCCGUUUAUGGAGGUGGUGCAUCAUGUGGAGGUGUCAAAGUUAUUGGUGGGGGAUCUGGUAGAGUCUCCCCCGUUUAUGGAGGUGGUGCAUCAUGUGGAGGUGUCAAAGUUAUUGGUGGGGGAUCUGGUAGAGUCUCCCCCGUUUAUGGAGGCGGUGUAUCAGGUGGGGGUGUUAAGGUUAUCGGUGGAGGAUCUGGUGGAGGAGGAUCCAUCUGUGGAGGUGGUGUAUCAGGUGGAGGUGUUAAAGUUAUAGGUGGAGGGUCUGGUGGAGGAGGAUCCAUCUGUGGAGGUGGUCUAUCCGAUGGGGGUGUUAAGGUUGUAGGUGGGGGAUCUGGACGAAUCUCCCCUGUUUAUGGAGGUGGUGUAUCAGGUGGUGGUGUUAAGGUUGUAGGUGGAGGGUCUGGUGGAGGAGGAUCCAUCUGUGGAGGUGGUCUAUCAGGUGGGGGUGUCAAGGUUAUUGGUGGGGGAUCAGGUAGAGUCUCCCCCGUUUGUGGAGGAGGUUCCGGUGGGCAAACCAUUGUAGUGAGUGGGGGAAGCAGUGGAGGCUGCUGUGGUGGUGCAUCUAGUGGGACUUCCGUCGUCGUUGGAGGUGGUGGCUCUUCCCAGGUCAAGGUUCCCCUUGUUGUUCCACCUUGUCUAGGGCAAACCAAGCAGGUUACCUCACUGCCCCCUUCCUGCAAGUAA